AUGCAGAUCCAGUUACUCUGCUUGGAGAUCCUGGACCCUGGGGAGGUGGUGUAUGUCCAGACGGUGACCAAAGGAGUGGUAGGCCGCUCCGUGAUGCUGGAAUGUGGCACCACCCUCCCGGACGUCUACAUCUGGGGCUUCACCAUGCCGGGCGACGAGCACAUCCGCGCCGUAGUCUACAACUUCGGCAAGGGCCCCAAGCUGCAGAAGCUGGCCACCGCCCUGGGUGACAUAAGCAUCAUCACCGACUCGUCCUCCCUGCUCAUCGACAAGCUUCCCUUGUUCGCACAGGGCCUCUACACCUGCCAAGCCCUGUACGACACCAAGGAGGGGGCCAAGGUCUACUACUACUAUGUACAGCUGCUUGUUCUGGUGCCAGUGUCCAAGCCCUACAUCCUGGCCAGUGACACGUCGCCGGCGGAGGGGACGCCCAUGUGGAUGCGCUGCAACCUGGAGAACGGCACGGGCCCCAUAAACUACGUGUGGGAGCGCGAGAGCCGCGACGGCAGCACCGCCAGGGUCGCCGAGGGCAACGCCAGCCUGGUCAACGUCACCUUCGUCAACCGCAACCACACCGGCUGGUACAGGUGCCUCGCCAGCAACGAGGUGAACGAGCAGCGCAGCGACCGCAUCUGGCUGGACAUAAUCUAUGGUCCCGAUGUGCCUCAGAUUGGCGUGACUCCUUACUCGGUGACGGAGCGGGGUUAUUCGGCCCUCGAGAGAGAAACGGUGUCCCUCAUGUGCCAGGCCUCCUCCAACCCCCCCAGCCAGUACGUCUGGUUUUACAACAACUCCCAGGUGUACACCGGGCCUCAGUUCACCAUCACCAAGAUCCUGCGCAUGCACACCGGUCACUACUCCUGCCUGGCCCAGAACACCUACCUCAACACCCGCUCCAGGACCACCAUCACCCUCACUGUCUACUAUCCGCCAGAUGGAAAUCCCACUUGCACUGUCCUCCCCACCAACAACUACACUGACCUGGCCCUCUGGUGCUCCUGGGUAGGGGGUAACCCUUCGGCUACCCUUUUCUGGAACCCCACUCCGGUCAGUGCAGAUACGCAGGGGCGCUCCCACACCAACGCUACCCUGAUACAGCCCGGCUACCAAACCAGGGACGGCUCCACGUUCACCUGCAUGGGCUCGCAUGUGGCACUGAACUCCACCUCCGGCUGUAACGUGACUGCAUUGCUGCCCCCUGGUGAUCCCCAGUGCUACGCUUUCGCCACGCGUAACAAUGAGUACUUAAUGUUGUCGUGCUCCUGGGAGGGGGGAACCCCGCGGGCUCUGCUUUCCUGGGUCUCCGGCAAUGGAGCACCUGAGGGCAGCUCUGAGGAGAAUGCCAACAUCCUGGUCCUCAGGUCCAGCGCCACCUACAGCGGGAAGGCCUUUGUGUGCCAGGCCAAGCACCCACUGUCUCCCGCAAGCAAGCAGUGCGUUCUCAAGCUGGAGGCCCCGGUGCUGAUGACACACCGCAGCGUGGUGUCCGUCUAUGAGGGCGACGACGUCCAGCUCAACUGCGUCCUGAAGGCCAACUACCCGGCCACCGAGAUCACCUGGUACAACAACCUGAAGCAGACGGUGUGGGACACCCCCAAGUACCUCCUGCAGAACGAGGCCGCCUGGUCCAACCUGACGGUGCGCGAGGCAGACGGGGCGCGGGACAGCGGCCAGUACUGGUGCUCCGCCACCAACGCCGUGGGAGGGGCCGAGAUCCCCAUCACCCUCUAUGUCAAGAUGUAUCCCGCCCCUCCCAACGUGACCAUCAGCAAGCUCCUGUACAGCAGUCGGGAGCGGACCGAGGUGGAGCUGGAGUGGGUGACCCUGAGCGAGGGGGACAUCACCAGCUUCAUCGUGGAGCGCCAGCGGGCCCAAGAGCCGGAGGUCAAGGCCAGCUGGGACGGACCCUGGCAGAUGGCGGCCGCGGACCUGGAGCCGAGCGUGCGCAGCCACACCCUACCAGGCCUAGACCCCACAGCCGAGUACGCGUUCCGCAUCACGGCUGUCAAUCACCGCACCUUAGGAUACCCCUCCGAGCUCAGGACCCCAGCCUCCCCGCCCUUCAGUGCGUACCCCGCGGUCAUCGGCGCUGCCAUUGGGGGCAUGCUCAUAGCCACCAUUGGCACCAUACUGCUCUUCAUGUACAUCAUCAGGAACCGCAACAAUAACCCACGUCUUCAUGAUAUGAUCUUUGGAUUGCAGCACAGCCAGUCCAGGGAGAACAUCAACUUCCCAGAGGACGAGACUGUUGGUGAGAUAGAGGGAGACGGAGGUGCAGGGGGGGAGCACAGCCCCCAGGCCGCCGAGCACAGCCCCCGUGCUGUUGGACUCAGCCCUGGUUCCAGCACAGAGCCAGCGGCGGCAUCAGCCAGCCCCGCCUCCGCAUCACAAGGCCCACCCACUGGAGAUGACGACGAGCCUGUCAAUGUUACCAUUACUGUCAUGGCUACCAGCUGA